AUGUCUGGAGUACGCCCAUUUCCUCGAAAGACUGCUGCCGCAGUCGUUGUGGUCGGUGUAAUUGGACUAUGCGCUGCUCGAAGAGCCUCAUUUCGCAAUGAAGCAUUUGCAGAAUCCCCAAAGCCUUGUGGGGGUCCUGGUGGUCGCGGUGGUCCUGGUUUCGGCCCUGGAGGAAGAAUGGGCUUUCACACCCUGCGCCUAGAAAGUUCCCAACAAGUGAACGACAACACCAAACGUCUGCGUUUCCAAUUACCAGAUCCAGCCUCAAACGCGGGUCUCUCCUUGACCUCGUUCAUCCUCACGUUUCAUAAGCCACAAGACGCCUGGUUUCCCGUAAUUAGGCCAUAUACCCCAAUCAACAAUUUCGAUGAGCCGGGGUACAUUGAGCUCCUAGUCAAAAAAUAUCCCAAUGGUAGAGCAAGCGGAUAUUUGCACUCUCUCCAGCCUGGCGAUACACUGAAAAUCCGAGGACCUAUGCAGAGUUACAGGUGGAAAACCAAUGAGUUCGAACAUGUCAAUCUCAUCGCUGGCGGUGCCGGCAUCACCCCUAUGUAUCAGCUGAUCCAAGGGAUGCUGAACAACCCCGACGACAAAAGCAAGAUCAAGCUGAUUUUCGGAGUCAACACCGACAAGGAUCUCGUCAUGAAGAAAGAACUCGACAUAUUUGAACGAAAGUUCCCCGAUCGUCUUACGGUUGUAUAUACAGUCUCAGAUCCGGUUGAGGGUUCACCGUUUAUCAAGGGCAAGAUCACCAAGGAGUUGCUGGAAAAGGAAUUGCUAGGCCCAAAAGAUAGCAAGACUACCAAGGUCUUCCUGUGUGGGCCUCCCGCUAUGGAGGCGGCAAUUUUUGGAAGUAAAGGUUGGACUUCCAGCAAGAAGGGAGUUCUAGAAGAACUUGGUUAUGCCGCGGACCGGAUUCACAAGUUCUAA